AUGGCGAUGCACAAGACAUUGACAGACAACUUCUUGACGUGCAGCAUCUGCAUGGACGUCUUUGAUGACCCCUGUACACUUGUGUGUUAUCACACAUUUUGUCGGAAAUGUGUCGUUAGCUACACUGAAACCAGACCAGAAGCCAUCAGUGCCAAGUCUCUCCUCUGUCCAUUCUGUCGUAAGAUGACCAAAGUAGCCGACUCAAACAGGCCAGUUGAAGAGUGGGCACAGGAGGUGAAACCCAGCUUCUUGAUUCAGGGUCUCAUGGAUUCCUUCGCUCCCUGCAGUCAAGCAACAAAUAACUGCAACUUAUGUGAUGAGGACGGGGAGACAACUCCAACCAAUGCUUGGUGCGUCGAAUGUAACGUCCCACUCUGUGAUGGAUGCCUGAAGGCACAUAGACGUAUCCCUGCCUCCCGUCACCAUGACGUAUCUGACUUGUCACGGGAUGUCAAGGUGAAGAAAAGACGCAAACGUAUGUGUAAAGAACAUCCAGAUCAGAGGAUUCAGUUCUACUGCAAGGACUGUAAGAAACUGCAAUGUCAAUCGUGUUGCAUCUUGUAUCACAGAAAGUGUUAG